AUAUCAUUUGACCAAAAAUUUUGUAGUGAUGUGUAUUAAAUAUUGAUUAAUAAACCAUUUUAAUGAAUAAACCCUAACUUGUAUCGGACUUAUUUGUAUUUGAUGACCAAUUAAUUGCAACGGUAAUUGUAAUUAACCCUUUUGUAUUUUUUUAUCGUAAAAGCGGUUCACGAUAUUCGUUUUGUUCAUCUUGAAACUCUCUUUAAUGGAAUGUAUUUUGUAGGUGAGCACUGGGAUCAUGACGCUAGUUCCUCGGAUGUUGGUGAUCCUGAAAGAUAUAUGCAUGUUCCAAGUGCAAUGAGGGAUUUUGAAGACAAAGAUAGAAAAGCCUUCCUUAGCAAUUCAGGUAGAGACAUGAAGAACAUUCUUACAAAGGUCAAGGAAUCUGAGAAAAAAGUCCAGGUAUGUUCCACUUAUCUCUGCUCUGGUUUGUUUGAUGAGAGAAGUUCAGAGUCUUUCUUACUCGAGGAAAGAUUUAUCUAA